GGACUCGAUUUUGUUGUUCUUUUGGUCUCUCGUUCUCUCAAAUGGUGGCGCACCAUCGCCACGCCCGGCAAUCCAGCCCCAACAGACACUCACAAUCACACAUACACACACUCACUCACACACUCACACCCAGGCAGGCAGGCAGGCAGGCCGCGUGGAUCCCUUCACUCGCUGUUCCUCCAUUCUCUCUUCUACGCCGCUCUCCCCCCAUCUCUUCCCCUUUCUCCAUGCAAUUCUGUGAUUACACUUAACAAAAAUUCCUCUUCUCUAGCGCAUGGAAUUUCUACUUUGCGCCCUCUUGGUUUCCUCUCCCGUUUCUCAAUUGGUCGAUCGUCGCUGCCCAUUCUCAUUCUUUGCGUUCUCCUACUCCUCUUCAUCCAUGUUGCGCUCUUCUUCUUCUUCUUCUUCUUCUUCUUCUGCUUCUUCUUCGUUAACUCGGGUGCUCCUGUAGACCAAUCCAGUCAUGGCCAUGGCUAUUGAGGGAACUUCAAUCUCUCCUCGAACAGCGGUGAUACGAGUGCUGGUGGGAGCUGUGGGAGAUAACUCAUCUACUGUUCAAGAUGCCGCUGCAGCUGCCUUGCGCCAAAAUGCCCGACAGAAUGCUACAACAGUCCUCGACUGCUGCGCUGCAAGUCUUCGAGGGUCCAAGAAGCGAAGUGUUCAGCUGGGCAAUUACCGCGCUGGUUUGCUUCUCAUCAUGGCACACACAGUGCGUGAAAUGAGAGACGAAGAAGUCGAUGCCGCGUUUAUGCGUAAAGUCACGAAACUUGCUAUGGCAGACCUUUCUAUGAACAAGGAGAUGAACCCGGAUUGGCUGCACUCUGCUUCAAGUCUUCUUGUGGCACUUGGGUCUAGAUUCCCCGAUAUGAUGAUGGACGAAAUUUUUAAUCAGUUGGGAGGACCUUCAGUUCCUGUUGUCGCCCUCGUUCAGACGCUGUCGGAGUUUGCCAAAUUACAUGCUUUGCAGUUUGCUCCACGAUUGAAGAAUGUACUCUCACGGGUGCUACCUCUCUUAGGCAGUGUUAAAGAUUCGCAAAGAAAUAUCUUUGCAAAAGCCAUGACAUCUUGGUGUGAAGCUGUUUCUCAGCAUCAAGAAGCCUCCCGUACACCCACUCCGUUGGGAAGUGACCUGCAAGCACUUCUGCACUCAGCAUUUGAACUUUUUCUCAAUUCGUGGGUGCUUUCUCGAGAUAGGAAGGUGCGCUCUGCAACGGCAGAAGCCUUGGGUGAACUGGUGGGUUUGAUGAGCAAACCACAACUGACGUUGGCUCUUCCUAGACUCCUCCCCGCUAUAUUAGCCGUCUACAAGAAGGAAAAGGAGGAUCCGCUUCCAGCUGCACAUAGUCUCCAUAUGGUUCUGAAUGCAGUAUUAUUGAAUUAUGGUUCUCCAUUGGUCGAUUUUCAGGCCUUGUUGGCCACGUUGAAUGUAUUACUCCCAGUGGCAUAUUUUUCUACAAGCAAAGGAAGUGGAGAUGAACUUAGCUCAUACUUGAAGAGCUUCAACGAAGUUUUGCACUGCUUUGUAAUAAUUGGUGCUGUUUAUCCAGAGGAAAUGUACACUUUCCUAUUGCACCGUUUAAAAGCCAGAGAGGAUCCCAUACGGCUCGGUUCCUGCUCAGUGAUAAAGCAUUUACUAACAAGGUUGUCUGAGCCAUGGGCAUCAAGGAAAGUGGAGCUUGUUGAGGUGGUGGGGGAUCUUUUGCAGGAGAAAGACCUCAAUACUAAAAAGGCAGUUGCCGAGCUCAUUGUAUCGAUGGCAUCUCAUGGGGUUUUCACGAAGGAUACUGGAGAACCAUAUGUUGAAUUUUUAGUGCAGCAGUGUGCUAUAUCGGAUGCUGAGGUUGAACGAGUACAAGCGGAACAUGCAGCUAUUGAGAAGGCCAUGGGCAUGCUGCUUGCUUCUCCCAAUAAAACCGAGAUCAAUGUGGGAGCUGUUUCACCAUCUGAACUGCGAGCUGUGAGUGAGAAAAGCUUGCUCUUGCUCGCAGGCAUUGUCGCUAACGUGGAGGUCGUUCUUUGGCCUUUAUUGCUGAAGAUGCUAGUAGUGGAAAAGUAUACGGGCGCUGCAUCCACGGUGUGUAGGUGUAUUUCAGAGCUCUCGCGCCGAAAACUUGCACGUGCGGAAAGCAUAUAUGUAGAUUACACUUUACAUGCAGAUAUUCCUCGGCCAGAGGAAGUUUUGGCUCGAUUGUUGGUGCUUCUUCAAGAUCCUAUGGCAAGGGAUCAGCUGGGGUCCCGCAUUUUGACAGUUCUUUAUCAUAUUGGCCCACUUUUCCCACCAGCAGUGGUUCUCCUUUGGGAAGAUGAGAUUCCAAAAUUAAGGACUUAUAUUACUGAUGCUGAUGAUAUGAGAGGAGAUGCCUUGCAGCAGACAAUUUGGGAGGACAUGAUCAUACAUCUGCUGUCAGAGUCACUUGAUGUUAUUCGGGAUCAAGAGUGGACAAUAUCUAUGGGCAACGCGUUUACCAAGCAUUACGAUCUGUAUGUGGGAGACAACCAGCAUUCAGCCUUGCUGCACAGGUGCAUGGGGAUGUUACUGCAGAAGGUAAACAACAGGAGCUAUGUGCAGCAGAAAAUCACAGCAAUGUACAAGCAUGCCGACCUUGCUGACGAGGUUAAUCGACUUGGUCUUGCAAAGGGCAUGGGCUUGGUUGCUGCCUCCCACUUAGAUACGGUGCUCGAGAAACUCAGGAGAGUGUUAGAAAGCCAAAAUCAAACGGGAAUUCGCAGAGUUAUCGCCUAUCUAUUUUCGCAGGGGAACACUACCGAAGUAGAUGACGUAUGUGCUGCACUCGCUCUUAUGUAUGGAUAUGCGGCAUCUUACGCGCCUUCGGCUGCUAUUGAAGCUCGCAUUGAAACUCUGGUGGGGACAAAUAUGCUAUCUGGAUUUUUAAAUGUCAGAUCUCCGGCAGCAAAACAAGCGGUCAUAACUGCAAUAAGCCUUUUAGGCCAAGCGGUCCUUAAGGCUGCUGCCAAUGGGGCGUUUUUCCCUUUGAAGAAAAGGGACACCAUGCUGGACUACACUAUGGCUCUCAUGGCCGAUCAAGGUGCAGGCUAUGUCCUGAGCACUUCCAAGUCGUUGGAUGCUGGACUUUUGCGUACACAGGAGUUGGCAUUAAACGCAUGCACAACUCUGGUUUCCGUUGAGCCGAAGCUCACAAUGACUACCAGAGAUCGUAUUCUUCAAGCAACCUUGGGUUUCUUCACCUUGCCACCUGAAACAGUUGAUGUGACAAGUUCAUUGCUUUCCAGUCUGACAACCUUACUUUGUGCCAUUCUCUUGACCAGUGGAGACGAUGGAAAGAGUAGGGCUGACCAGCUUCAGCAUCUACUCAAGAAUUUGGAUCAGUAUGUUGCUUCACCUAUAGAUUAUCAGCGGCAGAGGGCUUCUUACACAGUUCUGGCACUUCUGAAACAAUUUCGAGCUCUUUGUACAACUGGUAGCUGUCCCUUCAACUGUGCUGGUAACUGCAUGCAUCUUCGCUCAACUGCAGAGCGUAUCCAGAGCAGCUCUGCAGGUAUAUCUGCCCCUCUACUUCCUCCGAGGGAGGGAUUGAAACUCGGGGAAAGGAUUAUUGCUUACCUGCCUCGUUGUUCAGAUGUAUCCAGUGAAGUGAGAAAGACGGCUACUGAGAUAUUGGACUUGCUUUUCAGUACCUCGCUACUGCUUCCAAGGCCAGUAGGCGCGGAAGGUUCCGAGGAUCGACAAGCUUCAUAUGCUGCUGUUUCUGCUUUGGAAGAUCUUAUUGCUCUCACUAACUGGGAAACGUCCACUGAAGAUACGAGCGUCUUGAAGGGAAUACUAAGCUCUGUUGGUGUUUUGCUGACUACCCAAGAGGUCGUGGCAGGAUUGAAAGGGUGUGUUCCAGCCAUCUGUGACAAAGUUCCUCAGUCUGCAAAAGGAUCUAUUAUUGCAGUCACAGACCUCAUUGUUCGGAGAGGGGCUGAAAUAGGGGAAGCCGAUGUAUCGAGAAUAAUUCAAGCUCUUUUUACUGCGGCAUCGUAUUUACAUGAAAAAAUAAAUCGUCAAAAAGUUCUAGCUGCGAUGUGCUGUCUUGCUGAACAUCCGCAAGCAAGGGUGGUGUUCAACGAAGUGUUAGGUGCAGCAGAUAAGGAUGCCUCAAGAACUAAGCAGAAAGGAGCCUGGCCAGUACAAGAAGCAUAUUUGGCUCUUGCAAACCACUGUAACCUAUCCCUUCCAUUUUUAAACUACGUAGUCAGCAUCAUCAACGAUGUGCCUGUGUUCCGAGAAGAUGAGGCUGAUAAGGCUGACUCAGAAUCUUCUCAGAAUCUGCUUCCGCAUACCUUGAAUAAACUUCCAGCAGCUGCUACUCUGGCUCUUGGGUGUAUCUUCCGAAGCGGGAAUGAGGUCGCCACGAAAGCUGUUGAACAACAAUAUUCAGCCGUACUCUGUGCUUUGAUCCUGCGCAUUGGGAGUUGCCAUGGAACAGCUAGCCUUGAUUCCCAACCACUAAGGGAUGUCAUUCCAACCUUCCAAUCGUUCUGUGAGUGUGUAGGGGAUGAAGAAAUGUCUCAGGUUUUGAUGAGAGACGGGGAGCACCGACUAUCUGGGGACCGGUGGACAGAAGCUAUUGAAGAAAUUGCUGCAUGCUCAGCAAAAUCAAGACCACAACAGGUUAGUAAUAUCUGCACAAUUAUCUGGCCUGCCUUGAAGCGGACUCGUGACUUCCAGCGUGCUGCUGCUGCUGCUGCUCUUUCCGAUUACAUUAAGCACAGUGAAGAGGAUGAGGUACUCUUAGGACAAUUGGUUGGAGUUUUAUGUGCACACAUUGGAGACGAUUCACCUUCAGUUCGCCGGUUAUGUGUGAAGGGACUGGUCCAGAUACCAGAGUUAGGAGUGGCCAAGUAUGCAUCACAAAUAUUAAGCGUGAUUGUGGCAUUGAUAGAAGACGCAGAGGAAGAGGUGGCACUUGAGGCUGUUCAGGGACUUGGAAAAAUCCUCGAUUUUGAAGCUGAGGUAGUACCAGAAGCGAUUGUGGCUCCAAUGCUACUUAAUCUGUGUGUUAGAUUGCGAUCCCUUCAGGGUCGUCAAAAGGAGAACACACGAGCAGCGGCAUUUGCAGCUUUAGGUUCCCUCACCAGAUAUGCUGUAGGUGUCCAGCUGGAGGCUUUCAUGGAACAGGUCCAUGCAACAUUACCACGCCUAGUACUACACAUAAAUGAUGAAGCUCCUUCUGUGUGCCAAGCUUGUAAGGAUACUCUGAAAAGGCUCGCUCCUCUGUUGCACGCACAAGAUAUAAGGGCAUUGGUUAAUCUGCAAACUUACAUUCAGAGUGAAGAGCUGGAGUAUGAUGAGUUUGUUAGAGAAUUCGCAAAGCAUCUGGUGCUACAAUUUGGUGACCGGGUGGACACCUAUGUCACUGCAGCUAUGCAGGCUUUCGAAAGCCCGUGGCCUUUGAUUCAAGCAAAUGCAGUAUACUUUGCUGGGUGUAUGCUCUCGGAAAUAAGUGACUCGAGACCGUUGGCUAUCUACCUACCUCAGGUAACCGGGGCACUAGUGCGAAUGACAGCCUCAGCUCCGAGCGCGGUGGUCAGAGCUAAGUCCGCUUUGGCUUUGAGUUUAUUACUUGAUGAAAUGAAGUCGUGAACCAUCUGAGACACCAUUUUCAAGUACUGUUAAAUAUCGCAAUGUAUGUAUAAUAACUCAGAGUGAUCCAUGUGUUUCAUCCGCCAUUGAAGCUGUAAUCCAUUUCGGAAUAGCCUUUUUAGAUUACACUUCUUUUUUCUUCGGUUGCUAUGUCCAGUUAGACGUUAUCUAAAAUCUUAUGAAAAUAAUUCAAAUUUGUGAGAGUCAAGGUUUCAGAUUGCGAAAGCACUGGACCCAUACUACAAGUUGAGAGUGACUACUAAGAGAACAUAUAAGCUAUUCUUUUUCAAUACACAUUUUCUUUGUGAGAUUAA